AUGUAUGCGUAUGCAUCUCAUUGGUCACAUGCGGAAGUAGCGGUAGGUAAAAUUGGUGGCCCUGGUAAAACUGUUGAAAUAGACGAAAGCAAAUGGGGGAAGAGAAAAUACAACAAAGGGCGGAGAGUCGAGGGCCGCUGGGUUCUUCGGAUGGUUGAGGAUGGGAGUGACGACCUUAGGCUGGAGGUAUGUCCCGGCAAUGUCAGGUCUGCUGAGGUGCUCAUACCUUUGAUAGAGAAGCACGUGGCAAAAGGCAGUAUUAUAUGUACUGAUUGCUGGAGGGCAUACGACUGUCUGGCGAGUCACGAGUACAAGCACCGACGCGUUAAUCACAGCGACCCCGAUAAUCCAUUCGUUGCCGAGGACGGGACGCAUACUCAACGCAUCGAGUCCCAGUGGCGCGUAAUUAAACGUUCUUUUAUUAAGGACAAUUACAAUAAAGCGAAGAUUUUUCCAAUUUAA